ACCAGCCGGGCAGGGAGCGAGCGAGCGAGCUGCGCACAGACGCCAUCCCCCUCAACUCCCUGGCGCUUGGGUGUUUUUUUUUUAAUUACAUUACAUUAUAUUAAAAAGCCUCACAGCCCGGAGCAACUGUGGGAGCAGUCCGAGCCAUCUCCUCUUUCUGCCAGCCUUAUCCAAUUUUGCCUCUCCCCACCCCAGACAGCUCCUCUCCUUCUCAGAAGGGUCUCCUGAAGAAUGGGAACGACCUGCCGGGGCUUUGCCUGCCAUUCUUCUUCUUGCUAAAGAAGAAAGGGAGCAAACGAACUAGUCCCUCACAGGACGGUGGUGCCAACGCCGCCGAAAGCGACUUGCGGGCCUUGGGGACUGCGACUUCGAGGGAAGUUUCCAUCCCUUUGCCCUGCUCUCCUGGGCAACGAGGAGACCCAGGCGGGCUCGGUUCUCCUCAGAGACAGUCUCGUCCCGAGCUCUCCCUCUCCUCAACCCCCACCCGUAUCUACGCUUUGGACGCGCGCGAGGAACUCGGGGCAAAGUCGGCGCGGGCCAAUCAAGGCCGGCCGUUCAGGAUGCUCUUGCUGCACUGUUCCAUGUCCUACUUCCUCCUGCUGCUACCUUUUGGCUCCUGGACACAGAAGCUGCCCACUAGAGAUGAAGAGCUUUUUCAAAUGCAGAUCCAAGACAAAACAUUCUUCCACGAUUCAUCAGUCCUCCCAGAUGGAGCUGAAAUCAGUAGCUAUCUCUUCAGAGAAACACCCAAAAGGUUUUUUUUUGUGGUUGAGGAAGAUAACACACCCUUAGCAGUUACAGUAACUCCCUGUGAUGCUCCUUUGGAAUGGAAGCUGAGUUUGCAAGAGCUUCCAGAAGAGUCCAGUGGAGAAGGCUCAGGUGAGCCAGAGCCACUUGAACAGCAGAAACAACAGAUUAUCAAAGAAGAAGGCACAGAGCUGUUCUCCUACAGAGGAAAUGAUGUUGAAUAUUUUGUGUCCUCCAGUUCACCUUCUGGCUUGUACCAGUUAGAACUCUUGUCAACAGAGAAGGAUACACACUUCAAAGUAUAUGCCACUACAACUCCAGAGUCAGAUCAACCAUAUCCCGAGCUACCUUAUGAUCCAAGAGUUGAUGUCACUUCUCUUGGCCGCACAACUGUCACUUUGGCAUGGAAACCAAGCCCUACAGCUUCGUUACUGAAACAGCCUAUGCAAUAUUGUGUGGUCAUUAAUAAAGAACACAAUUUCAAAAGCCUCUGUGCUGUUGAAGCUAAACAGAGUUCUGAUGAUGCCUUUAUGAGUGCACCCAAACCUGGUCUAGACUUUAGCCCAUUUGACUUUGCCCAUUUUGGAUUUUCUUCCAACAGUAACUCUGGGAAAGAGCGCAGCUUCCUAAAAUCAUCAUCAAAGUUUGGGCGGCAGAUCUAUUCAAAGCCUGGAGUUGACCUGGAAAAUAUAUGUAUUGGGAACAAGAACAUCUUUACUGUGUCUGAACUGAAACCUGAUACGCAGUACUACUUUGACAUAUUUGCUGUAAAUGUCAACACAAAUAUGAGUACUGCCUAUGUUGGCACUUUUGCAAGAACCAAAGAGGAGGCUAAGCAGAAGACAGUUGACCUCAAAGAUGGGAAAGUUACAGAUGUGUUUAUCAAGAGAAAAGGCUCGAAAUUUUUGCGGUUUGCUCCUGUUUCAUCACACCAAAAAGUUACGUUUUUUGUCCAUUCCUGCCUUGAUGCUAUACAGAUCCAAGUCAGAAGAGAUGGAAAACUUCUCUUGUCACAAAAUGUUGAAAGCGUCCGUCAGUUCCAACUUAGGGGAAAGCCAAAAGCUAAAUACCUCAUUCGACUGAAAGGAAAUAAGAGAGGUGCUUCCAUGCUGAAGAUUUUAGCUACUACAAGGUCUAAUAAACAAUCAUUUCCAUCUCUUCCUGAGGACACAAGAAUAAAAGCCUUUGAUAAGCUUCGCACAUGUUCUUCAGUCACAGUGGCAUGGCUAGGGACACAAGAAAGGAACAAAUUUUGCAUAUAUAGAAAAGAAGUGGAUGACAAUUAUAAUGAGGAGCAAAAGAAAAGAGAACAAAAUCAGUGCCUGGGGCCAGACCUGAGGAAAAAAUCAGAAAAAGUCCUCUGUAAAUAUUUCCACAGCCAGAACCUACAAAAAGCAGUUACCACAGAGACAGUUAAAGGUCUGCAGCCUGGCAAAUCCUACCUUCUGGAUGUUUAUGUCAUAGGACAUGGAGGACACUCUGUUAAGUAUCAAAGUAAAAUGGUGAAGACAAGGAAAUUCUGUUAGUGAGACCUCCCAUGUAAAAAUCAACAGAACAUUGAGCAUAUGGACUGACUACUUAUACAGCAGAGGAGUUGGGAACUGUACUGGUACUAUGUAAAGAAGAUAUUAACAUCUAUAUUUAUGUUUACAAGAGUAACUAAAGGGACUGAGACUGGUGGUCUUCACUGGUAUCUGACAGUUGCAUUAUCAAGAGUCUGGUGGGCCACGUUCGGUGCUCCGUAGAUAACCAAGGUAGCAGGAAAUAUUGGAAGAACUGCUUUUUUUUUGUUUCCAUAUUGCAUGAAGUGCUUCUAAAUUAUUUUAUUACUUCAAAGGCUGAGACAAGUCAUUCAGUUACCUUAUUUUCAUGCACAGACACACAAACAAAACUCCCAUACAACCUCUAUCUCUUUUAGUAGGCUAUAGGGUUAUGUAAAUUAUUUUAUAAGUCUUGUUUGAAAUAUCUUUGUUUCCAUGAUUGUAAACUAUUAAAAAAAACUUCCUCUCUUAAACACAGAUCUAAACUAAGUAUUAACUGGACUACCCAGAAGUCAGUUUUAUUGCUAAUGUAAAUUCCUAUCUGGUAAAUUUUGAAUGUUUAAUUACUGUAUGUAUUUCAUGUACAAAAUUGUUGGACAUUAUA